GAAAAAAUUGCUAAGGGUCUAUUGACUAAAUAAAAGUACGUAGAAGAUAAAAUUGAAAUACAGAUCAAACAAAUUACUUCUCGACACGUACACUCAGAAACGAUGCUCUGGUAAGGUUUUAUUUAUUUUUUUUCAAUUUCUUCCAAGAUUUAAGUCGUAUUACUUUUUCUCUUUUAUUUUUUUUACUUUUGUUGCCCUUCUCAUCCCCGCCCCAAAAUGUGCGCGCGGCUGUGCAAUCAAGCGUCAAACGUCGCCUUACAGAUCUCAUUAUGAAAUCCCUCAUUCUCUGACAAAAUAUGCUAAUAACAAGUCAUCUUUUCAAGGUUGAUGUAAAUAAAUGAAGUCCUUUAGUUGGUGCCUUUGCAGUCGUAAAGUACCUCAUUGGCCAGGAAGUUAUUAAUGUUAGUUCUAGCGGCUUCCAGCUUUGUUUACUUCCGGCUAGCUUAUUUGUCACAGUGUAUUUUAGCCGAUCACCAUAGUGAACUGGCAGGCGGGGAGAGUAAAGGUACGUUAGUUGAUUAGAAGGCUUUAGUUUUUGUUAAUCUUCUCUGGCCUUGCAAGAGCUAGUCUAUAUCCUCUGUAUAUCACUUAUUCAUCAUGAUCUGUCGUGGUUUAUCUUACAACCCCUCUUUUCGGGUCCUUUAUCGACGUGUCUUUCUUCUUUUGCCUUUCGGCCUGGGUGCUCGUCGGUCAAGCAGUUUUAGUUCAGUACUCAUACGAUACGUUUAUUUUCUUCAUCUUAAGCAUUUCAAUAGGAAAUCUAUUAAACGCCAAUGUACAGGUAUUGUAUAACUCAUUGCCACUAUUUAAAGUAUAGAACAAGACGAAACAAAUAACAUGCAAUUAACAUGAACGGAAAGUCCAUUAAACGGCAAUGAAGUCUAUUUCUGUAAGGUGUUCUGCAACAUUUGCUCUUGAGUAGAGAAAUUACUCAAAACAUUGAUUUUUGUCUUUGAUUGACUAAACACUUCUAUACUAACAGCGAUCUAUUAAAGAGGCAAUCACACCUUAGCCACAUAUCUUCAGGAGUAUAACUAUUAACCUUAUGGGCUACUUCUGCUGCUAUAUGGAUUGUCCAAAAUCUCUAUAUAAACAGCUUAAUUGUCUUUUUGUGUACACUCUAGGAUUUUAAAACCUUAAGAACGUAUUUUAAAUGCGAGUGUCCAAACAGACGCGUACCGCCCCAAGAUAUGAUGCACUACACGAUUCACAUCACCGUUGUUGACUGCAUUUUAUCUCUUUGUCGCGUGGCGGCAUGGUGGCUACAAAAAGACGCUUGAUAGAAAACCCAUAAUGACUCAAUCAGCUACGUCUAUACACAAAUAUUGAGCUUUGUUCGCCACUAAUUACACCCGAAAUCUGCGAUACAUCCUUGAGGCUCCUGGCUGUGUUGCGCUUCGACCUUAAUCCUUCACCUGUCAGGGUCUUCCUGUAGAUUAGUUUUGUCGCUGUAUCUCCCUAAGAGCUCGCCAUUACUAUAAGGCAUGGUAAGAUUUUACAAUGAAAGUGGUCCUUCUUUAUCUUUUUUAGUGCAAUGACUUCCGAUUACUGCAUUUGUUUGUUUGAUAAGAUGUACACUUUAGUACUUGAAAAACGAUGGUUAUUACUCCAUAAUUUUCGAUACAACACCUAGUCUCCGUUAAAUUUUUAAUUUAAGUAAGCUGAGGUGGUCUUGAAUUAUAAAUUCUAUGAUAUUUUACCGUGUGUCGUUUGUUCCUGUCUUUCGUUCCCAUUUUUUUUUAGCUCGCGUGCUCUCUACAAAUCUUAGUUAUCGGAACUAACAUGGGAUUAAUCCAUUUAUUUUUCAGACACGUAUUGUAACCUCCGGUUAGAGGGUUUUCAUCCUCAAGCAGCACUUCCAUCAUAUGAUAUUCUGUGAUCUAUGAUGUUACGCCGGGAUUUAAUAUCACCUUUUGAGCGCGUAACCCGAUUAUUAAUCGACGCUUGACAAGCGCCAGAAAAAUUGGACAACACAUAGGAUUGUUGACUGUACUUAGCCGUGCAUUUGAUUGCUGUUGUUCCCUCGAGCCCUGCGCUAAUAGCAUCCUAAAGACGCGACUCUAACAGACUUUUACUCUCUGGAGGGCGUUGCGAAAUAUUCAUUGGGCAAGAGGAGCAAAACACGUCAAUUGACUGAGUGGUUCUUUCAACCAGGCCAUGUAGAAAAUAUUCGAAAUGGUCAAAUCUCCCCGGAAAGCAGUAUCGCUAAGAGUGUGUGGUGGGUGUAUGGACCUCGAUAGAUUUUCGAAUUUGUGAAUUCUAUCAGAUAUUUCUUAUCUAACCUUGGUAAUUAUUUAAGCAAAUGAAGAUUAAUUAAGAAUAAGUUUUUGUAAACAAUUCGAAAUUUACCAGUGAAGAGAAUAACAAGAACAGAGUAGAAAAUCGCAAAAGGAAACGGGUUGCAUUUGUAGAUCACCGAUAAGGAAUAUUUACACAGGAUCAUUCUGAUGAUGAAUCUCACUAGGAAUUCCUCAGUCUCAAAUAGCUCACUAUUCCCCGCAUCAAACUGCGCCGUCACCGUCGACACAGACGCGGCUAGGACGACAAAAACGUUUGCAUUUUGUGCAAUCUUCGUCGCCGCACUUAUCGCCAACUUGUUAGUGGUAAUCGUCUUUGCUAAGACCAAAUCCUUACAAAAAGGCAUCAACUACUUUCUGGUGAACAUGGCUGUGUCGGAUAUCAUCAUGCCGCUAUUUCUCAUCCCGCGCGAGUUGCUGGAACUCUAUCAACCAUGGUGGCUGGUCGGAGGGGGCGUUGGCCUAGCCUUGUGCAAGCUGCAGCCGUUUCUUAUCGACGUGUGCUCAGCAGUGUCAGUCCUUAGCAUGGUCGGGAUAACUAUAGAUCGGUUUCGUGCAGUUGUUCUGCCACUCAGAACCAGUGUGUUCGAGGGAAGACGUCACCUUUUCAUCAUCUCCUCGUGGGUCGUCGCCAUGAUCAUCUUCACCCCGUACCUUUACGCCAACAGACUGGGUGUGACUCUCGCGGGCGACGUUUUUUGCUUCACAGACUGGACUCCUCUUGGCCACUUUGAGACCACGAGCGCUAUGAUUGUAGUUAUCAUUGUCCUGUUCGGCGCGAUCCCGUGGGUGCUGAUCACCGCACUCUACGGGAUUAUAAUAGUGGAGCUAAAACAUUCGAGAGUCAGGGUCGCCGCGCAUAACGAAGGUCCCCUUCGUCAACCCGACCGCAGCAUCAGUGUGAUUAAACAAGCUCUCGCCAUCUCCGCCGCUUUCUCGCUGUGUUAUUUCCCGCUCGUCGCCAUGUACUUUGUGGUCGCUUUUGUCAAUAAGUUCGUCUGCUCCCCGUUGCCCUACUGGGGACACUUAUGGUUCACAGCCAGGUUUUUGGUCAUCUCAAACACAGUCAUUAACCCUUGUAUCUGUUUGUUUUUCAACGAGAAUUACCGUAACGGCUUACGUGGAGUUGUGCGAGUAGGCGUGGCUAGGAGCUCAACGAUUGAGAUGGGGGCAACAAUGAGACCAAGAGCAGAGACGCGAACAAUAGACACUGCAUAAUAGGCACAGGCGAAUACUAGACACAGUAUGAUAGGAACAGGCGAAUACUAGACACAGUAUGAUAGGAACAGGGGAAUACUAGACACAGUAUGAUAGGCACAGGCGAAUACUAGAUACUGCAUGAUAGGCACAGGCGAAUACUAGAUACUGCAUGAUAGGCACAUGCGAAUACUAGACACUGCAUGAUAGGCACAGGCGAAUACUAGAUACUGCAUGAUAGGCACAGGCGAAUACUAGACACUGCAUGAUAGGCACAGGCGAAUACUGGAUACAGCAUGAUAGGCACAGGCAAAUACUAGACACUGCAUGAUAGUCACAGGCGAAUACUAGACACUGCAUGAUAGGAACACGAGCACUAGACACAAUGUAAUAGGGAGUAAGGACACGCGAACACUAAAAACUGCGUGGUUAGGACAAGCGAACACCAGAUACUGCGUGGUGGGGACACGCGAACACCAGAUACUGCGUGGUGGGGACACGCGAACACCAGAUACUGCGUGGUGGGGACACGCGAACACCAGAUACUGCGUGGUGGGGACACGCGAACACCAGAUACUGCGUGGUGAGGACACGCGAACACCAGAUACUGCGUGGUGGGGAUACGCGAACACCAGAUACUGCGUGGUGGGGACACGCGAACACCAGAUACCGCGUGGUGAGGACACGCGAACACCAGAUACUGCGUGGUGGGGACACGCGAACACCAGAUACUGCGUGGUGGGGACACGCGAACACUAGACACUGCGUGGUGGGGGCACGCGAAAACUACACUAUGUAACAGGGGCAGAAUUUUUUUGAAGCAAAAAGAAGCAAAAUUCGCGAAAUAAAAGUGACACGAAAAGUUCUGGAAAUAAGGUACAACCUACAGGUGUAGCAAGUGCGUAGAUAUUCAUGCUGUCUUGUUGUUAGAAAAGAAGCCAAUCUGAGAUAGAUUUCCCCUGCAUAAAUUUUGAUUGUUAAUCGACGCAAUCUCCUAUUCUAUCUCUGGCAUCCUAACUUUUUUGUUUGCAAUAGGAAGAAGGUACUAGUUUUAGAAGUAUAUAUCACUAUCUUUCCCUAGAUAUUGUAAGGAUUCUUUAUUCUCUAACUCCCGGACGUUAUUACUUGGGUGUACAUCCAAAAAACCCUGCAUGGGCCCGCUCUAGUUCUUUUCUCUUAAUAUUAGACAACGAAAAAAGAAAAUAAACUACGGAAUAACAAACUA